UUGGCAAAUGUGUUGUGAGCAGUUGAGGUGUUUGUUUGUUUUUUGUGAACUGGUGAAAGCCACAUUAAUAAAAGUCGAUUACUUUUGCCAAAUCCUGAAUUUGGGCAAAAUUUUGUCGGUGUUGAAUAAUGCUGGACGUUGUUCCUAGUUGUGCCACUUAGGUGUGACCCUAUUAACCUGUCGUCAAGCUCUCGGUUAAUCGAACAUGAUUAAGAAAAUAUCGCACUUAGUGGCAAUGAAACGUAAAGUUAGGCUCAACAUCACAAAAAUGUAAAACCCAGUUUAAAGACAUGUGGACAGUUGUUAUUUCGGGGUGUGUGUCUUUUUCACUGGUAAUGUCGUUAGCGUUUUGUCUGUGCUGGAGGAAGAAGUCGCCUAAAAAUGACUUGUUAGGGCUUGAUGGCAUGGUCAUUCAAAAAAACCCUGACGAAAAUGUUAAUCACUUGCCCUCUGCUGCACCAUGUGUUGUUGACGGCGUGAAUGCUAGUGCAAAUAGUGCUGACUUUAACGAUUCUAAUAAUAAAAGGAACAUUCCUGCCAACAAUACGCGAAGAAGUCUCCCUGAUAUUCCCUCAGAACAAGGGGCUGCUCUCGCUAAUUGGGAACCAACAGGUGACAAUUCCUCCGAACAUUACGCCACUGUUGGCCAAUAUCAAAAUGCAGCAAAACGUCACACGCUCCAAAACGGUGUGGAGCCCCGUCCAAGUCUAUCUCAACACAGUUCAAUCACUCAAGCCGAUGAUAAUUCCUCACCUUACGAAAAGGUGAAAUAUGAUAAAAUCAAAUCAAAAGAACACCCUUACGCGCAAUUACAGCCGACGACAAGCCGACAGGCAGCUUUGGAAGAAAAUAAACUGGUUGGAGAGGAGAGAACAAACUUGUUGAGACCUAGUGGUUCCAGCACAUCGUCAGAACCUUCAGCACCUCCACGAUCACGAAGAUCGUCCGCACACAGUGGACUAGGAGUGGAUAUUCCGGCGGCUUCAGCCGUUGCUGGAGGUAUUGCUGCUAGUCCAGAACUGCCUUAUAUGACUCCGCCCGUAACACAGCCCAAUUUUAGCGGGGAUUCACAGGAUUCUUCGAAGGGUUACACCAGUAUUAGUGUGAGAGAGCCGUUAGCUAAUAUUAUAGCACAGACAAAAGAAAUGAACAAAAAGAGGGACAUAGACCAACAUUAUUCCACGGUGUCUGAUGAUUCAGACGAUGUUUAUACGACGAUCCCCGACCCCAACAACCAAAUCUACACGAGCGAAAGCGAAACCUACGCCCGAAUUCCCGCUCAUCCGAUAACCGUCGAAGCCGAAGUCAAUCCAACUCCUCGAAGCCUCGAAACCGACGAAUUUUACGAACCUGCACCACAACCACCGCCCCCUAGUGUCACCAGUUUGAAGCAAGUAGCUGGGCACUCCCACUCCCGACAAGCUUCAUCGUCGAGUUCCAUAGCCAACAUUGGCUCUCCUAAGCCGGAAAAACGCCAAGCGAACUCACCCCUACCUCCACCACCCCCUGGUUCAAGUUUCGAUUUCCAGCGAAAUUUAGAUGAUCUCUACGCCAAAGUACAUAAAAACAAAAAGAAGGAAGAUUCUGAUGGGGAGAAAACCCCCGAAAAGGCAAAACGUAGUGGCGAUAAUACAAGUCGUAAGUCAGUAUCGAGUUGCAGUUCAACCGAAGAAAAGAAAUUUCUUCCGACAUCAAGACACCAAGAACACAAUUACGAAACAUUACGCAAAUCAAAUAAAGAUUGUAGUGAUCCAGGCUAUGAGAAAAUUCGAAAUGAGGAGCCAGGCUAUGCCAGUAUUAACGGCCCAGAGAGCAUAACGAGCUCAGACCCGGGCUACGAGGUUUUAAAACAGCGGCCUCUAUCGGAAUUGGACCCCAACUACGAGGAACUCAAACAUCGAAAUUCGAACGCUAGUGAUUCCGGUUAUUCGAAAGUCAAAUACACUGACGGUUAUUCGGUGGUUAAUAAGCAAAAAAGUGACGAUAAAUCGCGGACGUCAAGUAGUUACGGCAGUAAUUCGCAGGAUUUUAGUUUAGACGAACCGAACUACGAAAGUAUGCCGAGUGAAUCCUUGUCUUCCGAACACAAUUACGCGGCUUUGAAAUCAGGCGGAAGCGAAUCGGAUCCGAAUUAUGAAUCGGUGAGGGAUUUGGAAGAGCCUCCGUAUGAAAAAUUGAACGAUGGUGAUUCGGAUUUUCAAGUAUCAGGGCGUGGAUAUGAGAAUAUUGACACUUCGGAGAGUUCGAAUGGGGCUGGAGAUACGAAAUCUCAAAAAUCUGGGCCGCCUUAUGAACACUUGAACAACGAUACGGAUUCAGAGGUGCCUGGGUAUGAACGCAUCAAAGGCAAGGAAAAUGCGUCAAGUGGGGAGUCAAGCAGUUCGGGGGCUAAUAAGGGGGCGAGUAUACUUGAAGAAGAUGCUAUUUUUCAAGUCUAAAGUCGUGCCUACAAUCUGGUGCUAAGCAAUUUUAUACCAAUUCAUUAUUUUCAAACAGUGAUAUAGUUACUUUUAAGAGAUUCUCUUUUGUAGAAAUUCUAUUUUGAUGUCGUGAUUACUGAUAGGUAGGGUUUUACAAUUUUUCAACGAAAAGUGAAGCAUGUAUACGUAUUAAACAAUUUUGUAUGUGUUAUUGCAUUUAUGUUCUCAUUUGUCUUCCGUAUGAUCAUUUCAUUUGCCCUGUGCCAAAUAGGUACUCAGUACUUUUUAUGUUACAUGUGUUUACAAUAGACUGCUUUUAGAGGUUUUAAUGUUAUUUUAGUUACAAAAUUGUUGCAAUAUUAAAGAUUAAUAUAUUUAUAAUUUUAUUUAUAUUUUAUCUAUUUAUUAUAAUGUGUAAUAUUUUUAAUAAAAACUGUUUUUAUUUA